AUAUAUGUUAUGAACUCGUGGUAUAAGCAUAUACGUACUCAGUAAACCCAAGUAAGGUGAUAAAGAAUUCGAUAUAAAUUAGUAUAAAAUAAGAAGAAAAGAGGAUGAUAGGUAUUUUAAAUGAAUCCGAUAGUGAAGAUGAGUUGCCUCCUGGAUGGGAAGAAAUGACAACUCCUAAUGGAAAUGUCUACUAUGUAAAUCAUUAUACAAAGGGCACACAAUGGACACACCCUAGAACUGGUCGAACAAAGACUGUUGGGGGAGAACUGCCAAAUGGAUGGGAAAAACGUGUGUCAGAAGAUGGUCAAGUCUUAUUUGUUGAUCAUAUGAAUCAUACAACAACAUAUACUGAUCCUCGGCUUGCAUUUGCUACAGAAUAUAGAGAAUCAUCACAGCCUAUAAGACAACGUUUUGAUAGUAGUAGCACGGCAUUGUCUGUUUUACAUGGUCGAGACUUAAGGGGUAAACUUGCCAUAGUUACAGGUGCCAAUACUGGGAUAGGAUUUGAAACAGCUAGAUCAUUAGCUCUACAUGGAUGUAAAGUUAUCUUAGCUUGUAGAGAUCUAGAAAAAGGUGCAGAAGCAGUACGAAAAAUACAACAAGAAAGAGAAAAUGUUAUGUGUGAAACAUUACACUUGGAUCUGUUAUCAUUAUAUAGUGUUAGAGAAGCAGCUGAGGAAUUUAAGCAAAAAUAUAGAACUUUAAAUAUUCUUAUUUUAAAUGCUGGUGUCUUUGCAAUUCCGUAUGAACUUACAAAAGAUGGUUUUGAAACAACAUUUCAAGUAAAUCAUCUUUCUCAAUUUUACUUUACUCUUUUAUUAGAAGGACCACUACAAAAUUGUCAUAAUUCCAGAGUAGUGAUAGUUUCAAGUGAAUCACACAGAUUUGCAACUUUACGAAAAGUAGAAGAUUUUCAUCGAUUAAUUUUAUCUCCUCCUCCAUAUAAGUAUUGGUUUAUGGAAGCAUAUAAUAAUUCAAAACUGUGUAAUAUCUUGUUUGCACAAGAAUUAGCAAAACGGUGGCCUUCUGUAAAUGUCUUUUGUUGUCAUCCUGGUAAUAUGGUUUCUUCUUCAUUAUGUCGUUAUUCAUGGAUGUUCCGAUUUAUGUAUAUGCUAGUACGACCUUUUACAAAAUCACUGCAACAAGCUGCUAGUACAUCGGUUUUCUGUGCGAGUGCACCAGAAUUGGAAGGGAUAACUGGAUGUUAUUUCAGUAAUUGUUAUCGUUGUGAACCAUCAAAAACUGCAUUAAACCCUGCACUAGCAGAAAGAUUAUGGUUUGUUAGUGAAAAAAUGUUUGUUAAUGUUAUGAAAAACAGGAAACUUCAAGAAAAACUUAAUUUGAAAUGAAAAAUAUUAUUAUAAAGUAUUGUUUUAAAUGAACAGAAAACAUGAAUUCAAAAAAUAUUUUAAUCAAUCAAAAAUUUUUAAUAGAUUUGAUAUAUUAAUAAGAAAUUUCUAUCUAUUUUUAUCACAAAUUCUAUAUUCAAUAUAUUUGGUUUCAUAUCUUUUAUACUUUAAUACAUUUGUUCCUAAAUUCUAUAUAUGAUCGUAUAAGAAGCUAUUUAUGUAUUGGGUUGCUUGGAAAGUUCCUUCUAAUUUUUAAGAAAAAUUCAAACGUAGCACAUUUAAAUUUCGAUAUACAUUUGUUGAAUUAUAUAGCUGCCAUUUUGUUCCACGAUCAUCCUCCAUCUUUCAAUCAACUUGAAUAUUCCAUCCUUCCAGAAUUUCUUAGGUUUUUCAGCAAAAAACUUUGCAAUAUAAUUUUUCAGGUUGACCAAAGAGUUAAAGUUUUUGCCAUUAAGAGAAUUUUGUAAUGAUCUAAAUAGGUAAACAUCUGAGGGUGCAAUGUCUGCUGAAUACGGUGUGUGGGUUAGCAUAUCCCAACCAAGCUACAACAGCUUUUGUCAAGUAGUCAAAGAUACAUGAGGCCGUGCAUUGUCCCGAUGAGACACCCUUCUGAUUCGCUAGUUCUGGGCGUUUUUGUUCAAUUGCUGUCUGUAAUUUGUCUACUUGCGAUUAAUACUUUCCCAAAUGGUGUUUCUCAUUGCGUUUAUAGAGCUAAUCGCAAAUGGAAAUGCGAUCCAUAAAAUCUUUUUCUGUUAGAUUGUGGGGAACCUAUACAUCAAAACGGUUUAUAUAGCCAAGAUCACAAAAUGUUCGUGAAUAGUAGAUUUUGGUAUAUUUAACGUUUCUGCUAAUUCACAUGUCGUAUAGCAUAAGUUAUUCUCGACCAGUGUUUUGAUCUGAUCUUCAUCAAUGGUGGAGAGUCUACCCGGGCAUUCUUGACCUUCAAGAUUUAAAUCAGCUUUAAGUCUAGCAAACCACUACCGCACAGUUCUUUCUGAUAUAGCACCGUUACCAUAAACAGCGCAUAUCUAGUUCGCUACUUAUGUGACAUUUUUACCCUUCCAUAUUUAAGAGCAUAUAAAACUAACAAAAGUUAAUAUAUUCCAACCAAACUCUUUUCUAAAGAUGCCUGAAAUAUCAUCUUUUAGAAUAUGGACACAUGUCAUUUGUUUUAAGAUAUUCUGAUAUAUUUAAACCUGUUGUAAUGUCACCUACCGAAAGCAGAACAAACUUUCCAGACAACUCAAUACAUUAAAAACAUAUAUCUAUGUAUAUUAGUUGGUGUGUAAGAAAAAAGCUUCUUUCCUAAACUUUUGGAAGAUUUCAUGUCUUAAAAUGAAAUAUGUAAAAAUAAAAGAAUUAUACAAACUUU